ACUUGGAACUGCUCGAAUCCAAGGUCAGACACGUAUCCGUUUUUGAGCUACUCGAAUCCGUUGGGUUGUCCCCCUUGCAAUCCUUUUGGGAGUAGCCAUGAAUAGUAGCGGCCUGGGCGAAGGCACUGAAAGCCAAAGCGAGAAGGAUGGACUUCAACUGCAUAAUGGGCGACUGAGAUCAAAAGAAAGCAAGGUGAGACAAAGCGUUGGAACGAGUGUAUGUUGGUGGAGGUAGUAAGGACGGGCAAGGAGAAAGAUGGACUGGUCCAGUGGAAGGAUAAGCAACGGUCAGGAGAAAGAGCGAUGGGCGAGGCGGCGGCGGCGGCGGCGUCGGCAAUCAAAUCAGCCUGGACUGGACGUGUGGUGGGUCAGGAGAGAGGGAGAGAAAAAGGCCAGGAGCAAAAAAUAGCCAUGAAACAGGAACCGACCGAGGACCAGUGGGGGCCGGGCUGGGCAAAACGGCGGCUGGAUUCGCGGAUGGGAAGCCAUGGAUGGAGUCCGAUGGAUGGACUAGUGGCCGCUAGCCCGGGGAGUAAGACGCGUCAUUGGCGAAUGAAGCCCAUCAGGCUUCCACGGCGAUUUCCAAGGAUCGGACACAGUGCAAGUGGCAGUGAUUGGCGGCGGUGGGUUUCAUGAUCUGGAUGAUCAUCCUGACAAGCAGAACAUGUAUAUAGAUGCCGAGUUGGUGCGUGAAGAAUAUGCAAAAUAAGCCGAACGGGG